UUUCUAUUAAUCACAGCUAAUGCGUAGACGUUUCUUACGUUUGACUCUCUUUCGCUUUUCACUCUCUUAUGCUUCUUUCAUCUCUUCUUCUGGACGGAUUCUAACACAUCUGGUAUGUCUUCUUAGGAUCUGUUCUUUAUCUCGCACGUUUGGGCACGCCUUCCUACUCCAUCCGGAGCAUUACGUUUUCUUAAUCAGAAACCUGGUAUUCUUUAUGCUAUUUCACACGUAUUUUGACUUCCUUAAGGGUCACGACUCUAUUCUAUCUUUGAGUUGAGGUUUUGAGUUUACAGAGUUCAAAUUCUAUUGCCCUGCUCGGAGACCUCAUCUCAGUGGGUCUUCUCAGGACAUCUUUGACUCAACCGAUCCAUGGAAUGCAAUAAAGUUACCUCAUAUCUGAAAUUGACAAUAAGUUCACUCGAGAGUGGAGUUUCUUGCUGUCUAUAGCACUCCCAACAUUGAGUUGAAGUGUGAGGCUUAUCCCAUGACUUUUGAUGACAGAAAGUGUGAUUUGAAUGAUAUAUUUGUUCGAGUAAAUAUCUUUCACACAUAUUUUUGUCAGCUUUAAGAGGUAUCUGCUGGAGCUUCUAUAUAUCAACAGAGGUCUCAGGUUAAAACAGUUUGUUGCAAGUUUUCUCUACAUGUUCGGAAGUUGAACUUCUUUUCCUCUACAUGUUCGGAAUUGAUUAGAGUAUUAGUUUGGAAAACUGCUCACCCUCACUCUCAGUGUCUCAGUACUGAUGCUUCUUUUGUUGAUGGAAAAAGCGCUGAUGAUGCUAUACUCUGCGAUUGAGACGGAAAUUUAUCUCUGCGCUUUCGUUCCUCUGGCGGUGGGGUCUGUUCUUCAGGCGGAAGCUUGGACAGUGCUAGAAGCUCUGAAAUGGUGUCAAAGGAUGAGAUAUGAGAGGGUCCAGAUUGAAACCGAUUCGGAAGUAUUAUGCAAAGCUCUCAAAAAAUCUACUUCAGCAUCCUAUCUGGAGGAAAUCAGCCGGUUUAUUGCUAUUCUCCAGGCAACCGUCGUUCAUUGUUACAGGGAAAUUAAUACAGUUGCUCACCUUCUUUCUCGAGAAGCUCUUCAAUCGGGCACACAUACAGUAUUUUCUUCACCAAGCGAACUUUCCAGAUUAGUUUUCACGCAGCUAUUCCUUGAUGUUGUUUUGACUCCUGCCAUCCGCUUUUAAUGGCGUUACCUCUUUUAUUUUAUUCAUGCUUUUGCCCUCGGAAUUGAUCAGAAUACAGGCGCCUUUGAGUUCCGCUGCAGUUGUCAAAUUC